AUGUUUCGUACUACCGGCGACAUCCUAAAGACGUCUCUUUAUUUGCGGCCAUGCAUUCAUCCUUCGAGUCGCUCUUUUGUCCACUCUUUGCCACGUAACUUUCCAAGAAUAGGGCGGUUUGCUUCGGAGAAGCCAUUCCAGAGCAUACUGCCGACUUUUCGUAACCAAGUUGCCCUUUCAAUUGGAGUAGAAUCCUUCAGCUCUCGAUUUCCGCGGCCGACAAUACGGAAUCAAGUGUUGUUUUUUGUCGGUGGAUCUUUACUCGCGUAUUCGAUAGCCGCAAGUCAAACCGAAAUCGACACCGAGUACUGGUCAAAACAGCUCGUAUCUGUCUCUCACAGAUGGACUCUGCGACCCCCAACUACUGAGGAGAUGAGAAAGGCUCAAUACCUAGAGCUUGGCAAGUAUCUGCAAACGCAAGUAAAUCAAAUCAAAGAUACGCUGGCGGAAUGGCCUCUUGCAUUGCGCAACCUCAUUCUCUCCGUCUACGUUCAAGCUGCACAGUCAUACCUUGAUGCCCCCGAGGGCAGAAGAUUGUGCUGGUUGAUUUGCGGCGUCAACACGGCCAUAUAUCUCGUGUGGAAGAUACCGCGACUCGCGCCGUUCAUGACCCGAUCUUUCACUCACCACCCGUUGUCAGGACGCUCAUACACUCAGCUAACGAGCAUGUUUAGUCAUAAAUCCUUCAUCCACUUGUUGGCAAAUUCAAUGGCCCUAGCUAGCUUUGGUGCGCUAGUUAGCUUUUUAGAGGGCUCGGCCGCCACGCACUAUUUUACCCUGGAGCAACUAAAAGAUGGUGAACAUCAGCAAGAAGCCACUGCUAAGUGGCAUUUCCUUGCUUUCUUUAUCUCCGCUGGACUGUUCUCUGGUUUGGUCAGCCAUGUUGCUGCUUGCAAAGUUCUCUUCCCUCGCCUUGUCAACCAGUACACCACUUCUGCAGUCAUAAAGAACUCCCCAGCGGCAGCUGCAAUAUCUAGCACAGCUGUAAAGACUGCAACUACUGCUCCGCGGGAGAUUUUACCAUCUUUAGGCGCGUCUGGGGCCAUUUACGCAGCUGUGACAGCUAGCGCAUUAGCCUUCCCAGACGCCCAAGUCAGCCUCAUUUUCCCUCCUUUCGUUUCGAUACCGAUUCAGGCGGGAGUUGGUGGUCUCGUCAUACUUGACGUGAUCGGCAUCGUACGCGGCUGGAGGAUGUUUGAUCAUUAUGCUCAUCUUGGUGGUGCGGCGUUUGGUGCAUUAUAUUACAUGUAUGGACCGCAGUGGUGGGCUUUCAUGAGGGGCGGGUAUCAACAACUCCACUCUCCCGCAUCUUAG